UGUAGGCGGAAGUGGGAUGCUCGUGGAGCCUGUUUGUUGGUGUUUGGGAGAGGGCAGCGUUUUGCUGGUUAACGUCUGGCUCUGGGGGUUGUUUAAAACUUGAUGCUGUAGCUGUACAUUGGAACGAAUGCGGGGUGACGAGUCGUCGGACUCCGAGUCGGGCAGGAUGGAGGAAAGUUCAGUCCGAAGGAGUUUGGAGACAUUGUGUCAGGAGCUGAACAUGGACGAACAGACCGCUACUGAAGCUAUGGACAACUUCACAGCCAUAUGGAACACAUACACUCUGGAGGGGGAUGUGGUCCACUGGCUGGCCUGCUCGCUGUACGCUGCCUGCAGGAAGGGGUCCAUUCCCACUGUGGGAAAAGGGCUGAUGGAGGGAAACUGUGUCUCGCUCACCAGGAUCCUUCGCUGCUCCAAACUCAGUCUGAUCCAGUUCUUCUCAAAGAUGAGGAAGUGGACCGACAUGUCCAACCUCUCGCAGGACUUCAGGCUGCGAAUGGACCGACUGGAGCGAAACUUUGAGGUUUCCACUGUGAUCUUUCGCAAGUUUGAGCCCAUCUUCAUGGACUUGUUUCAGAAUCCACAGGGAUGUGAUCCGCCACGUCAGCCGCGCAGCAGGAAGCACAGGCGACUGCCCUGCCACAUCAGUGAUGUGUUCAAGUUCUGCUGGACCCUGUUUGUCUACACUAAAGGUAACUUUCGUAUGAUCGGAGACGACCUGGUGAACUCGUACCACCUGCUGCUGUGCUGCCUGGACUUGGUGUUUGGUAACACUCUUCUGUGUGCAAACAGAAAGGAUCUCAUCAACCCCGUGUUCAGAGGUUUGCCCCCCUCUUUUCGUGCCGAGAGCCACGUUUCUCGAGGCGAGCCUCCUCCUUGUGUGUUGGAGAAGUUGUGUGAGCUGCAUGAUGGGCUGGUGGUGGAGGCCAAAGGCAUCAAGCAGCACUACUUCAAACCGUUCGUGCAGAAACUGUUCCAGAAACAGAUUUUGAAAGGAAACAAGGACCUUCUGACUGAAAUGUUAGAUCCUCAGAACUUCAUAGACAACAACAAGGCCCUGAACAGGGAGUACGAGGAGUAUGUGCUGACGGUGGGAGAUUUUGAUGAGCGUGUGUUCCUGGGAGCGGAUGCUGAUGAGGAAAUCGGAACGCCGAGGAAGAUUGUUCAGGAAUGCACUGCAAGCCAAACGGUUGCUCAGAACCAGCUGCAACAACACGUGGAGAAGUCCAGCUCUCUGGCCCCGUCCACCCCUCUGACCGGGCGGGUCUACCUGAAGGAGAAGGACCUGCUCGUAACUCCUGUCUCCUUGGCCACGCAGAGCGUCAGCCGGCUGCAGAGCAUGGUGGCCGGUUUAAGAACGUCCCCCAGUGAGAACCUGGUCCAGAUCUUCAAGUCCUGCUCCAGAGAUCCCACUGAGUCCUUACUGGCUCAGGUGAAAACUCUCGGACAAACCUUUAAAGAGCAUUAUACCAAAGAUUCUGAGGACACACCGGGCUCUCAUAUAGACUUUGCAGAAAACCGUUUGAAGCUGGCAAAAAUCCUGUACUACAAGGUUCUGGAGAACGUUCUGGUUCAGGAGACCAAACGGCUGCAGGGCAGAGACAUGAGCGUUUUGCUGGAACAGGACAUCUUCCACUGCUCCAUGAUGGCAUGUUGUUUGGAGGUGGUGCUGUUCUCCUACAGCUCCCAAAGGACGUUCCCCUGGAUCAUCAACAUCUUCAAACUGGCCCCAUUUUACUUUUUUAAGGUGAUUGAGGUGUUUAUUCGCUCAGAGGAGGGCCUAUCCAGAGACAUGGUCAAGCAUCUGAACUCCAUUGAGGAGCAGGUUCUGGAAAGCAGAGCGUGGGUGUCAGAUUCUGCUCUAUGGAGUGCCCUGGAGGCUGCUGGGAACAAAGUCCCCACCGUGGAGGAGGUGAACUUUUCCUCCUGUCUCGACUCGGGUUCUGGUUCCACCAAUGGUCAGUCUCACCUACCUCUGGUGGCUCACUCCCCCAUCAUCCACCCACGCAUCAGGGAGUUCAGAUCAGGCCUGGGGAGUGCACGUAAAGAAGUCCCUCCUUCUCCACUGUCAGUCCAUGACCGGUACAGCUCUCCUGCAGCCGGCAGUGCCAAGCGGCGACUUUUUGGCGAUGACGCUCCAGGACCUUCAGUCAGCCUGAACACCAGAAUGAGCCCUCUGCCUUCUCCGGCAAAAAGGCUGACCUUCGGGUCGAGCAGCACCCUGAAGAGCGGAGGUCAGGGAGCCCCGACCACCAUCCUGAGCAUCCCACUGCAAGGCGUGAGCAGCGACCGUACCAUUACACUGAUCCCAGUCCAGCCGUGUGACUCUUCUGGCGUCGUCACAGCUCAGUUUCUGCUGACCGCCUCUCCGAGCCGGAACUUCACUGCUGCCUCGACCUCUGACCCUCAGAUGGGGAACGGGCGGCCUCGAUGCACCGGGUCAAUCGCUCUGUUCUUCAGGAAGGUGUAUCACCUGGCCAGUGUACGCCUGAGGGAUUUGUGCCUGAAGUUGGAAAUCUCCUCAGAGCUGCGAGGAAAAAUCUGGACAUGUUUUGAGCACGCGCUGGUUCACUGCACUGAGCUGAUGAAGGAUCGACAUCUCGACCAGCUGCUGCUGUGCAGCAUUUAUAUAAUAUCCAAAAUCACCAAAGAGACUCACACCUUCCAGGACAUCAUGAAGUGUUACCGCAGCCAGCCCCAAGCCAGCAGCCAUGUUUACCGCAGCGUCUUGUUACGGCGGACUCCCAAAGCGCAGCCAGCUGACGAGAACAUGGAGGUGGAUGCUGUGUCGGGUGGAGAAUCUGCAGAGAAAACCAGUCAGGCUGGAGGUGACACCAACUCCAGCCAAUCACAAGAGGAGGAACGCGGUGACCUCAUUCAGUUUUAUAACACCACUUUCAUCCUGAAGAUGAAGAGCUUCGCUCUGAGAUACGCCACCAACGAUAAUCGGGCAGACGCUCCUCCUCUGUCUCCGUUCCCGUCGGUCCGAGCUCAGCCUCUGUCUCCUCGCCGAGUCAGUCAGAGACACUCGCUGUACGUGUCCCCUCACAAGAAUUCCUCUGGUUGUCUCACACCGAGCUCCUUCACCUACAGGAUCAACAGCAGCCCCUCCAAGGACCUGUCAGACAUUAACCGGAUGAUCCGACAGGGAUGUGUGAACAGGAAAAGGGCGUUCAACAUGGAAGGGGAUGUGAUGAUGUCACCAAUGUGCGACUCGCCCAGUAAGCGGGCGUGUCCGGAGAACGGCAGCAGUCCAGACGUUCUGCUGAAGCGUCUGCAGGACGUCGUGUCCGAGCGGCAGAGUCACUGAUGAAACCAACAAACUGAAAUACUCAGAGGGAAGCCGCGAGCCGAUCUAAUCCUGACACGACUUUCUGCUGCAACCUGCAGGUCCUUAGAGACCAGGUGGUGUGGUUUAGGUUUCUAUAUAACACAAAGCAGAUUUUAAUUUAACCAUGACUUCAAAGUUCUGACUGUUACCAGGAGCAUGAUCACAGAAACCACAAGUCAGAGCAGUCACCAGAACAUUUAAUCCAUCCUAAAAACUGAUAUAUGCUCAUUUUUACUCUUUUAUUGUUUUUUUAAUACAGUUUUAUGUUUUUUUAAUCUCCUCGCAGCCCAGAACAGUAAAACUCCACAUGCUUUUGAACCUUCCUGAUUUUUCUGCAGCAUUUCUGAUGUGUUUGUUAAAAACAAAGAACGGUGUCAAAGAGAAUAUUCACCUCUUGGUUUAUUAAAAGGAAUGAACGAUAUCAGGUUUAUUUGAAAGGUCCACAAACAUGUGAAGUGUUUUAUGGAGUUUUACUUUUGUUAUUUAGUUUGUUAAAUAGUUCAGUGUUAUUGUGUUUUAUAUGUUCUAAACGCGGUUUUAAACCAUAAAUGUUGUGGAAUGCUGUCAGAAAAUAUUCUUAAUGCUAACUAUAAAUUUACUGUGUGUGUGUGUGUGUGUGUGUGUGUGUGUGGUAUCUACACACAUUUUAUAACAAAUCAAAAAUUUUACAGCAUUUGUUCUGAUUAACAGAAUCACUGUUGAGGCUUUUCUGAUUCUUGUAAUAACAUCGCUGGUGAAAACGAACCAUUUGAACACUUGAUUAUCAGCUUUGGUACCUUGUAAAGUAGGUUAAAACACACUUUUGUGUAAACUGAAAUUGAAUCAAAAGCGUGUACUAAUGUCUGAAUCUUCUCAGAACUUGAACAUCAAGGUGUUUCUAUAAACUGUUCAGUUUUGUAAAAUAAAAUGUAAAUAUCAACUGUUCAAA